AGCAUUUUCUCGCAGGCACCCUCAGAUACACCAUGCAAUUAUGACGCACACUCUGGGCCAGAGAUGAAGGUGUCUACCAGAUCCUCUCCACCGAGAAGGAAGAAGAAAAAGCUGAGCUGCGAGCUGCAGGAUGGCUUUGGCCUCCCCAUCACAGUGCCUUGCCGAUCUAGCGGAUUUCAAUGUUUUAAAAUCAGCCAGCAGAGCCAUCAAGUGGGAGACAACAAGAACUGAAGUCCAAGGCUUCUGAAGAUGCAAAUUGGGAAAGAAGGUCGCAAAAGAUGAUCACAUGACCCUGGGACACAUUGCAAACGUCAGCAAUAUGAACUGUCAAGCAUCUGAAUAUAAAUCACUGACCACAGGAUGCUACAACAGUCCAGAAGCUGCCCCAUGUCUUGGUGACCCGACCGUAGCAGCUGAGGAGACAAACCAUGGCAGCCAGCCUCUCCACCAUCAGCCCAGCCCACUGGAACGGACAGCUCUCCACGAUCAUGCUCUGUACUGCAUCCCUGAGGAAGCAGCAGCUCUGAAGAACCUGGUGAGGAAACUGAAGGACACUGUGUCCCACCAGAGUGAGCUCCUCCUCAGCCUGCAGAAAACUGUAGAGGACCAGGAACUCCAGUGUCGGGAACUUCAGGAAAAAGCAGAAGCCAAGAAAUGUGAGGUUCUCGCUGAUCUUGAAGGCCAUGUUUCUCAACUCAAAACUGGGAAGCAGAACCUGUGCUGCCAGCGGUACCAGCUGGAGCCAAGGGGGCAAUGUUUACAGAAGGAGCAGGAUGCCUACAGUGCCACUGUCCUCUCGCUGAGCAAGCAAGCGAGGGGGCAGCUUGAGGACCGAGCGCAACAUGAAGUCUUCUCCCUGGAGGGUGUCAAGACUCACAGCAAGUGGUUGAGGUUCUAUACAGGCUUUGAUAGAUACCCUCGCCUCAAGGCCUUCUUGGACUUCCUCCAGGAGGGGGAGAAUCUGGAGAAUGGUCCCCCCUGUGCCCUCAGUCCCGAGAACCAGCUCUUCUUGGUGCUUGUCCGGUUGCGCUUGGGCCUCCUUCUUCAAGAUCUGGCUUUUCGCUUCCAUAUCUCUGAAUCCACAGCCUCCCGCUACUGGCUGAGCUGGAUGGAGCUGAUGGAACAGAAACUACGACAGGUUCCAGUUGCCUUCAGUCAGCGCUACAUAGAUGCCUUCAAGCCACAACAGCAACUUCGACAUCACGACACGGUGCUGGUGGCUCUGGACUGCGCAGAGCUUUUUUUCGAAGCCCAAGGAACGAAGCGAGGCAAGCGAGAUGGCUCCCGGAGUCCUCGGGCCCACUAUUCAAUCCAUGGGUACGCUCUGGCGGCGCCUAGCGGCUUCCUCACUUUCAGUGCAGGAAGGAGCCAUGAGUUGCCCUCACUGCCUCCAUUCCUGCAGGCGGGACCCGUGGAGCUGACGGCUCAGCAAGAGGCUGCCAAGAGGCAGGUACUGAGUUUACGUAGCCUGACAGACAAGGCUCUGGGCUUCCGUUUCCUGCGCCUGGUUCACCCUCAAAAUAUGGAAGACCAAGUGAGGAGGGCCUGGAUCAUCUCCUGUUACUUGGCCUGCCUGCUGCAUGAACCAAUGGGUCUAAUCUAGAGCAAGGAUUCCAGUAUCCUCAGGACUUUCGUUUUAAUAACCGCCUUACUUGUGAACGUUUUGAUCACAGGUCUGUUCAGUUAAGAUGAAUCCCUCCUCGGAGUUAAUACUUUCCUGCUUUCCUUGAUCAUGGAUAAAACAAAAGCAACAUUCACAUAUUACCUGCACAGUCCAGCAAUCCAGUAAUUUUAUUUCAAAUUCCCUUCCCCAAAUUACUUUCCUGAAUUGUUAACAUCAUGUUUUCCAGUUUCCUUCCUAGAAAUGUUUAGGGACUGGUUUUUUUCUCCCCCUUUCCUUUUUUUGUCAAAUCUUAACUACUGGCAACUAAGGUUUUCUUUGCAACAUUUUCAGUAGUUUGACACUGCAUUUUUCCUAGGGCUGAGAGAGUAGCUGGCCCCAGGUCACCAGCUAGCAUCCUAUCCAAGAUGGGACUCAGCUUGUUGUUUCUAGCCUGGUAUUUUAACCAGUACUUCAAACUAGUUCCAUGGUCUUUUUAUCAUCUUGUUCUUUUUAAAGCAAACAGUUCUAGAUCCCAGAUUCAAGUGUGGUAAAUUUCAUUCCUUUUUUUUUUCAGUCUGUUCUCAGAUACUGCCUCUAAUUCUGGGGUCACCAAUGGCUAACAAAUUAGUGCUUAAAGACUAGGUUGGCAUAUUACUUCUAUUUUUUUUAAAUCUUCCAAGGAUGUCUCUCUAUGCUGAAAUUUAUUGCAAUUUCAGAAUAUUUUUCCAACUCCCAGUAAGGACCUAAUCCUACUAUUUGGUCCUUGACUUUAACUAGCCAACAUUUCUACUAAAGGUCUUCCAAUAACUGGCUUUUUUUUUAAACAACCCUGUUUACAAUGUGAGUUAUUUAUUAAUUACAGGAGGUAAAGAUUUCUUGGGAGAAGAAUGUAUUUUAAAGUGAAGUCUCAAAUUCUGUUUUGACUCAACAGAUCUUUGCAUGCUGGACUCUGAGCAAACAAGCAGACACUGUCAGAAUAUUAAUUUGAGACAAAAAAAUUUUAAUUGUCUUAUAUUGGGCGUUACAUUUUUUAUGAAACAUUCUAGUUUUUGUAGCCUCGACUGGCACGGCGACCUCGAGCUCGUUCAAAUUUCCGCCCCUUGGAUCGGACAUAUGGCCUGGAAAAAGAAAA